GAAAGUCUGUGUUUCAAUCUUGAUUCUUUUCCGUGCUACAUUGACAAAUAUUGUCCGCUGCCGCGGCCUGCGGCUAUUCUCGGAUAUCCUACUUGUGUCAUGCCUUCUCAGCUUCUACUCCUGUGCAUGUCCAUCUGACCCCAACAACUUGAAGCGCUGAAUGCUGGUAUAUAGCAUGAACGCUAGACACUCUUAUAACAUCUCCCAUCCUCGAAUAUGACCGUAGUCUCAGAUGAUCCCAGCUGGUGGCCGGUGAUCAGUUCCAGUAUUUUUUACAGUUAUUGGACGGUUGCCACAGGCUUCAUGGUGGUAUACGAUUGGGUAUCAACACUCGGACAAGAGAUUGACCUCAUUUGGACCCAACGCUGGUCUCUCAUAACUGUGCUGUACCUAGUCAUACGCUAUGUUGGAAUAUCAUAUUCUGUUGCUACCAUUCUGCGAGCCACUCCGUUGAUCUCGUUGACAGAUGCAGUGAGCAAUAUCAUGAACUAUGCAGUAAAUGGGACAAAUGUGGUCGUAACCGCCAUGUUGGGCGUCAUCAUGAUUGCUCGGUUGCAUGCCAUGUAUCAGGGAUCUAGGAGGAUGCUUAUCUUCCUUGUCAUUGUCUUCCUAGCUGUAAACAUCGCCUGCGUAGUAAUUGCGACAAUAGGACUCAAGUAUAGUGUAGCGGAGGAGUUAAUACUCUCUGGCAUUCAUAUGUGCGGUGGCGGAUAUGAUGGGGAUCCUCAGCUUCUGAUGUCAAUGGUCUGGAUGCUCAACACUGUUUGGGAGGUCCUCGCACUGUGUCUUUCGGUCUGGAUCGCUGCGAAGCACUUCCGUGAACUGCGACGACUCGGCCCAUGGACAGGAUCGACCAUCGGGGAUUGUUUUACAGUGCUGGUGGAAUCUCACGUGCUUUAUUUUGCGGGCUUUGCCAGUGUCUCUUGCAUCCAGCUUGUUAAUAUAUCCCCAGAGAUCCAGAAUUCGAAUUCUGUAGCAGUUGAGAUACUCGGUGGUGCUAUGGAUAUUUUAUUUUCCGUGCAGAUGUUUGUGCUGGGACCACGCCUCAUCCUUAGCGUUCGACAAUAUCACGCUAAACUCGUGGCCGAAUCCGACGCAGAAACUAGCAUGAAUUCGAUUGACUUCCUGGAACGUGUACAUGUACCAACUAGUAGUACUGUGUAGGAUAUGGUUGCCGAGUGUUCCGCAUGGAGGAGAUAUUUGGUCGAGGAUCCGUCGUGUAUUUAUUUUGCUCAUAGCGUAUUGAAGACGGGGUUU